AUGAAGUCAAUACUAGCUAUUUUAUUCAUUGCGGCCUGCUCAGAAGCGAACCAGACCCCUCCUGGCACCCGCUUAAGACCAAUUCUGAACCCAAGGGAAGCUGCCGCUUUCACUCCAGCCUCCUUCCUUCAAGGGUGGGCUCCUCCGACUCCAAUACUAAGGCCUGCUGAUUUCAAAGUAGGCGCACCCGGAGGCUUUGGUACCCUCCAGGAAGCUAUAGAUGCAGCCAUUAGGACAAAUUCCCCAACGAGAAAGUAUAUUUACAUCAAUCCAGGCAGAUACCAACAAGUUGCUUAUAUUCCACCCACAAGAGUGCCAUUGACUAUUUACGGAAGUUCAGAAGCUACCACAUUUAUAACAUUUGAUCUAUCACCAGCAACCACUGGAGGUAGUUAUGGGGCACUUGUGGGUAAAUUCUUCCCUCCAGCCAGUACCGCUCAUGGUAUUUUCGCCUCGUGCGCAAGCAGACCGAUUAUUGGAACCAGUUGUUCCAAUGUGCUUCGGGUAGAUGCGGACGGCGUGGAACUUAUCCAUUUGACCAUUGAAAAUUUUUCGAAAAGGCCUGGUAGUGAUCAAGCGGUAGCCCUCACCAUCGAAGCCGAUCGUGUCCAAGCUGACCGCAGAUCGGACACGGGAGUAAUAUUUGCGCCUAGCACUCCGGACCAUAAAUUCGGAUUUUUGGUGAUUGGUAGUACCAUAACUGGAGAUCCUGCGUUUUUCGCGACGCAUCACGGCUUUUUGGCCAGAACCUGGGACGCCGGGCAACCGAGAAACGGUCAAGUUAUUAUCAAAAACUCGAAGUUGGAUCCAGUUUUCAAUGUCGCUGCACCGUACGCUGCAUCUACAACUGGCAGGGCUUAUAAUGGAAAUGCUGCACCGGUCAGAGAUGUGAAUGAUCCUAGGUUUGCUAGGUUUUAUGAGUGCUCUAUUUUAUUCAUUGCGGCCUGCUCAGAAGCGAACCAGACCCCUCCUGGCACCCGCUUAAGACCAAUUCUGAACCCAAGGGAAGCUGCCGCUUUCACUCCAGCCUCCUUCCUUCAAGGGUGGGCUCCUCCGACUCCAAUACUAAGGCCUGCUGAUUUCAAAGUAGGCGCACCCGGAGGCUUUGGUACCCUCCAGGAAGCUAUAGAUGCAGCCAUUAGGACAAAUUCCCCAACGAGAAAGUAUAUUUACAUCAAUCCAGGCAGAUACCAACAAGUUGCUUAUAUUCCACCCACAAGAGUGCCAUUGACUAUUUACGGAAGUUCAGAAGCUACCAUAUUUAUAACAUUUGAUCUAUCACCAGCAACCACUGGAGGUAGUUAUGGGGCACUUGUGGGUAAAUUCUUCCCUCCAGCCAGUACCGCUCAUGGUAUUUUCGCCUCGUGCGCAAGCAGACCGAUUAUUGGAACCAGUUGUUCCAAUGUGCUUCGGGUAGAUGCGGACGGCGUGGAAUUUAUCCAUUUGACCAUUGAAAAUUUUUCGAAAAGGCCUGGUAGUGAUCAAGCGGUAGCCCUCACCAUCGAAGCCGAUCGUGUCCAAGCUGACCGCAGAUCGGACACGGGAGUAAUAUUUGCGCCUAGCACUCCGGACCAUAAAUUCGGAUUUUUGGUGAUUGGUAGUACCAUAACUGGAGAUCCUGCGUUUUUCGCGACGCAUCACGGCUUUUUGGCCAGAACCUGGGACGCCGGGCAACCGAGAAACGGUCAAGUUAUUAUCAAAAACUCGAAGUUGGAUCCAGUUUUCAAUGUCGCUGCACCGUACGCUGCAUCUACAACUGGCAGGGCUUAUAAUGGAAAUGCUGCACCGGUCAGAGAUGUGAAUGAUCCUAGACAGACGAGGCAUUCCUCUUUGAAAGGUUACGGGGGCAUUUGGGAGCCCAAAUGGCACUAUGUGAUCAGGAGAAGAAGGAUUAACAUCUCCAGAGACAAGCGUUUUUAG